AUGGCAAGGGUGGAUCAACGGUUGGAUCAAGUGGUCGAUCAGUUGACUGACCGGAUGGCCGACUUGAUCAAUCGUAGGAGGCAGAGACCCAAUGACGGGUAUGGUUCUGAACUUAGUAACCCAUUUGAUGAUGAUUCGACUUCCGAAGACGAACGGGAGGGGCAACCAAGGGGUGAACGUGGAGGGGGUAACAGGCGUUGGGAUUCUGGGAUAAGAGUUGAUAUUCCGGAAUUUGAUGGGUCUAAUUUGAAUCCGGAGGGGUUCAUCGAUUGGUUGGCUACCGUAGAGGAGGUGUUCGAGUACAAGGAGGUGCCUGAAAACAAGCGGGUGGCCUUGAUCGCUCCCAGGUUACGUGGUAGGGCCUCUGCGUGGUGGCAACAAUUGAAAUUAACACGAAAUAGACUCGGGAAGUCAAGGAUCGUGACAUGGGCCAAGAUGAAAAAGUGCUUGCGGUCCAACUUUUUGCCUCAUAAUUUUCAAAGGUUGAUGUACCAGCGUCUGCAAAAUUUGAAACAGGGGGCUAAAUCGGUUGAUGAUUAUACCACAGAGUUUUACCAGUUGAUUGCGAGGAAUGAUAUUCAAGAACCGGAGGAGCAACUCGUUUCUCAGUAUAUUGGGGGUCUAAGGGUUCAAAUCAUGGAGUCCGUGAAUCUGUUUGAUCCGUUAACCAUUCCUGAGGCACACCAACGGGCGUUGGCCUUUGAGAAGCAAAACCGACGGGUGGGCGGUUCAUUUACCCCUGCUGGGGGAAACGUGGGGUCAGGCAGUGGGGCACCACGUGGCGGGCCUAGUCAGCACAAGCCAGGGGGUAGCAAUACCGGGCCUACUUCUAAGGGGCCUAGUAGUAGUGGACUGAGAUGUUUCAAUUGUGGUGAGACGGGCCAUCGUCAAGCGGAGUGUAAAAGGACUGGCAAAAGGCACUUGUUUACUGAGUCUGAGGACGAACAAUAUGAAGAGUAUGAAAACAAUCCAGUGUACGAUGAAGAAAUUGAGUACGAAGAAGAGGUUGUGACCGGUGAUGUUGGAGUGAAUUUGGUGGUCAGACGCUCUUGUUAUACGCCAAAGGCAGAUGGGGAUGACUGGCUUAGGCAUAACAUCUUCCACUCAACCUGUACCAUUCUGGGAAAGGUUUGCACAUUCGUUAUUGAUUCAGGGAGUUGUGAUAACCUGAUAUCUGAAGAGGCGGUCCAGAAGUUGGCUUUGAAGACGGAGAGUCACCCCAAACCUUAUAAGCUUCAAUGGCUUAAAAAGGGAGGUGAGGUAACGGUAUCUAAAAGAGCCCUUGUUUCUAUUUCUAUUGGGUCCCCUUAUAAAGACGAUGUUGUGUGUGAUGUGGUCCCUAUGGACGCGUGUCACUUAUUGUUGGGUAGAUCUUGGGAGUAUGAGCGUAAUAUUGAGCAUAAUGGGCGGUCCAAUACUUAUAGCUUCCUGUUUGGUGGCGUGAAGAUAACUCUUGUUCCUAGCAAGCCUAAGCAGUUAGCCACAAAACAGUCGGGUACUUUGUUGACCAUCAGUCAGUUUCAAGAUGAGUUGGAGGAUACAGACAGUGUUUUUGUUUUGAUUAGGAAGGCAGUGCCCGAGGAAGUCGAAAUUCCUGAUGCUAUGGUUCCUUUGCUUGAGGAAUUUUCUGAUGUGUUUCCUGUUGAGUUGCCUGAUGGAUUACCACCUUUGCAUGACAUCCAGCAUCAUAUUGAUUUGGAGCCUGCGUCAUACUUACCCAAUAGACCACAUUACAGGAUGAGCCCUGCUGAGCAUGAAGAGUUGCAAAGACAGGUUGAGGAGUUGAUUUCUAAGGGUCACGUUCGUGAAAGUAUGAGCCCUUGUGCUGUUCUGGCUUUAUUGACUCCAAAAAAAGAUGGCACUUGGCGUAUGUGUGUUGAUAGUCGAGCAAUCAACAAGAUUACUGUGAGGUACAGGUUUCCUAUUCCUCGACUUGAUGAUUUGCUUGAUCAACUUAGUGGUGCUACUAUUUUUACGAAGUUAGAUUUGAAGAGUGGUUAUUACCAGAUUCGUCUUAGACCGGGUGACGAGUGGAAGACUGCCUUCAAGACUCGUGAAGGAUUGUAUGAGUGGUUGGUGAUGCCAUUUGGUUUAUCAAAUGCACCUAGUACUUUUAUGCGUGUGAUGAAUCAGUUGCUUAGACCUUUUAUUGGGAAGUUCGUGGUUGUGUAUUUUGAUGACAUUCUCAUUUAUAGUGCUUCUUUCAGCGACCAUGUUGUGCAUGUGAGGCAGGUGUUGGCUUUACUUCGCAUGGACCGUUUUUAUGCAGCCACCAAGAAGUGUGUCUUCAUGACCCCUAAAGUGUUAUUCUUGGGGUAUGUUAUUUCUGGUGAUGGGAUACAUGUUGAUGAAUCCAAAGUGGCGGCUGUUCAAAAUUGGCCAACUCCUACUACCAUUACUGAAGUUCGUAGUUUCCAUGGCCUUGCUUCUUUUUACAGAAGGUUUAUUCCACACUUCAGUUCUAUUAUGGCCCCAGUGACAGAUUGUAUGAAGGGGAAGACGUUUGUAUGGACAGAUGAGGCAGAGUUGGCUUUUCAAGUUGUGAAAGAGAAGCUCACUACAGCACCAAUUCUGGUAUUGCCUAAUUUUUCUCAAGUUUUUGAACUUCAUACUGAUGCCUCAAAGGUUGGAAUUGGUGGGGUUCUUAGUCAGGGUGGUCGACCUGUUGCUUAUUUUAGUGAGAAGUUAACUGGGCCUAAGUUGAGGUACAGUACUUAUGACCUAGAGUUUUAUGCAGUGGUCCAAGCUGUAAAGCAUUGGCGUCAUUACUUGUUUCAAAAGGAGUUUGUUUUAUUCACUGAUCAUGAUUCCCUAAGGCAUAUUCGUACUCAAGACAAGCUUUUUGAGAAGUCUAAUUCAGCUUUUAACCAUGAAUUCGUUUUAUUGGGCGGUGAUCAAAUCAUUAAGUGA